CUUAGAUAAGAGCCAAACCGGGGGGCACGCAGCGGAAAAAUGGCGGACAAGGAGAAGAAGAAGAAGAAGGAGAGUAUCCUGGACUUGUCCAAGUACAUUGACAAGACCAUCAGGGUGAAGUUCCAGGGAGGCCGAGAAGCCAGUGGAAUCCUGAAGGGCUUUGACCCACUGCUCAACCUCGUGCUGGACGGCACCGUGGAGUACAUGCGAGAUCCCGACGACCAGUACAAGUUCACAGAGGACACGCGGCAGCUGGGCCUGGUGGUGUGCCGGGGCACUUCGGUGGUGCUCAUCUGCCCGCAGGAUGGCAUGGAGGCCAUCCCCAACCCCUUCAUCCAGCAGCAGGAGGCCUAGUUUCCCACCCGGCCUGCCGCAGGCCCACACCCGGCCACCACAAGCCUUUUUGUACAGUUGACUUUUUUUUCAU